AUGCUACCGUACAAAAUCCUCAUUCCCUCCCUCCUCGCCAUCCCAACCCUAGCCACCAUCCCAUCAACCCUCGCCAAAAUCACCACCGACAUCCGCGCCCUGAACCAAUCCCUCGCCACCUUCACCGGCGACGACACCAGCCUCACCAACGUGCUAGGAAACUCGACGGCCCUCAAAAAUGACAUCAACGCAGGCGCAACCGAAGCACGCGCUUCACCGCCAGUGGCAUUCAAGGACGCCCUGCAGCUUGCGUCGGCGACGGCACAGCUCGCGGCCGACACGAGGAGCACCAUCACGACGCUGAUUGCGACAAAAACGGCGUUUGACAAGGUCGGCGUGACGGAGAUUGUGGUCUCGAUGGUGAAGGACCUGAAGAGUGCGACGGGGGAGUUUAGCGGCGCGGUGAUUGAGAAGUUGCCGCUGGAGUUGGCGCCGGUGGGGGAGCAAUUGGUUGGGUUGAUUGAUGGGCAGUUUGAGAGGGGGAUUGGUGCUUUUGAGGGGGAUGCGUGUGAGGCUGGGUGA